AUUGGCGGAAAAUAUUAAAUUAAAUGCUUUUCUUGCAUACCGAAGCAUCUUUCUUCCCUUUAUAUUUUGGUUUGUUUUCUUCGACACAUCCAUUCACUUCACAGAUUCCCUCCGAGAAAGAAAGACAGACAGAGAGAAGUAGAGAGUAAGAUUCUAAUCGGAAGAGGAUAUGGACGGAGGCACGGAGAUGUACGGUGGACUUGAGACGAUGCAGUACGUAAGGAGACAUCAUCAACAUAACUGCAGAGAAGACCAGUGUACUUCUGCUCUUGUCAAACACAUCAAAGCUCCUCUUCGUCUCGUUUGGUCAGUGGUGAGGAGAUUUGAUGAGCCGCAGAAAUAUAAACCAUUUGUGAGCAGAUGCACAGUGAUAGGCGAUCCUGAAAUAGGCAGCCUCAGAGAAGUUAAUGUCAAAUCUGGCCUCCCUGCAACUACAAGUACGGAGAGACUGGAGCUUCUUGACGACGAUGAACACAUUCUUGGUAUCAAAAUCAUCGGUGGUGACCAUAGACUUAAGAACUACUCUUCGAUUGUGACAGUUCAUCCAGAGAUAAUCGAAGGAAGACCAGGAACAAUGGUGAUUGAAUCGUUUGUAGUUGAUGUUCCUCAAGGAAACACAAAGGAUGAGACUUGCUACUUCGUGGAAGCACUCAUAAGAUGUAAUCUGAAAUCAUUGGCACAUGUUUCAGAAAGAUUGGCUUCCCAGGACAUCAUUAACCUAUCAAUAUAAUCAAAAUGGAGGAGAGGAGGAGGCCAUUAAAAGUGAAAUUAAGUAGUGUGUUAUUAUAUUCAUCAGGAAUUUGUGUAUUGGUUUGGUCGUAUGCAGACACUCUCCAAGAUUUCAUAUAUAUGCGUGUGUUUGUGUGUGUGAUAUUGAUCAGUUUCUUAUAUAUUCUCCAAUGGUGAAUAAGUUUUGAUGUAAAAAGUUAUAUGUCUUCCAGUGGUAGUUUGUAACCUUCUCUGUAUUUGUAGAUACUCUGGUAAAAAAAAACAAUGUAAAUGCGAAACAUGUUUAUAUGUAAUAUAUACACUUUACAGUA